AUGAAAACAAAACAAGGAGAAACGAAUUAUAAGAAAAACGAGUGUAACAUUUGUAAUAAAGUUAUUAUUGGUAGUUCUUAUAAGUUUAGAUCACAUCUUUAUCAACACAGUGCCGUGAAAUCUCGUUUUAAGUGUUCUCAUUGCUCAAAAGAAUAUUUUAGACGAGAUGCUUAUGACAAACAUAUGGCUGUGCACACUGGUGCGAGGAAAUACCAUAUUUGUGAUUAUUGUGACCGUGGUUUCGUAGACAAACGCAAUUUAACAAGCCAUCUUAAAAUUCACGAUGAAUAUUUUCAUAAACCUAAGGAGCAGUACAAAUGUUACGUCUGCGGUAUAAGUUACUGUGAAGAACGCCUUCUCAAGUAUCAUAUUAGGAAGCAACACUUUAAUUUGCAUGCCAAAGAAUCGGCUCUUGAUAAAAAGAAGCCGAAUGAGACAUGGGUGGAGCGUGUUAUACAGUCGGAGAUUUGUGUUGAAAUGACCAAAGUUAAUGAAAGCACUAUAAUGAUUAAAAAAUCUCCGAAAACUGUGCCAUUUACACAAAACAAGCAAGCAUCGGAAAAGACAAAGUUUCGAGAGUAUAUUUCUUCUGUUUUUGCCAAGACUGAUAAGUCUCAGUACUCUAAGGCUGUAUGUGAUUAUUGUAAUAAAGAAAUGUUGAAGAAGAGUCUACAGUCACACAUCAGAGAGCGCCACCUGCUGCUCAAGAGGUUUAAGUGUGAAGAAUGCAACAUAAAAUUCAGUCGACAUUAUCAAUUGGUUAAUCAUGUCUGCGGUAAACCCUACAGAAAAAGGUUAAACAAAAGCAAAACUAGUUAA